UUGACCUAAGACGGGUAUAACUUCUGAUCUAACCGUUGGAUUGACCUAAGACCGGUGGCAUUGGAAAUCGAACUCAAAGCUCUAUCUUGUGUCAAAAGAGAGGCUCAAUAUAACGGUAGGAAGGUCUCCAUCCAUAGCUAAACAUCUGACACGUCUGUGCAGCUCUGAACUUAAAAGGCUCCAAAAGACACCAAAAUCACCAUAUUUCUCCAGAACGUACCUGAACCUUUAAAUACUCUAAAUACACUCUAUAUUGUUGUAAAUAUAUAUAUAAAAACACCUAUAGACCAUGGCUAAAAAUGGGUAAAAUUCAUGGUCGAUCAGUAGACAUGUUUUCGACGUGCGGGUGCUUUGUGAACUUUAUGCGUUAGAAACUUUUAGGUCCCACGGUGGGCGCCAAUUGUUGAAUCCUAAAUCCGGUAAUGGAUGUUUAGAAUACGUAAUCAAGUGUCCGAAAGAGAUAAAAAGGGACAAAGGUUUCGUUUAUUGAAGUGUAAGCAAAAUGCUGAAAUGGAAAUACAAAGAAAGAACUCGUCGUCGAAAAGACAAACUCAUUUCUGAAUAGUUUAUCUCUAUCUUCUCUCUCCAGUCUCUCCCGGUAUUUUUUGUGUCCUUUCUUCAUUGAAUACUUUUCUGUUUAUAUUCUCAUCGUUCUGCCUUUUCUGCUUCGUAUUUGUUAUGUGUCAGAGAGUCGGUUCGGCUUUCAUCAUUGUACUAUUACAUGUGUAGGUUUAUGCCUAUGAUCGGCCGUCGGUACAACCUACGCCUCUAGGCUUCUAUUUCUUGUGUACACCAAGAUUUUAUCGAUUUGGGUGGGCCGAUCGUUUGUUAUUGGGCUUCUUCUUUUAUGUCCGACUCGAGAAUGGGCUGAAGGCCCAUCCUCCAACAAUGGUCACAACAAUGUUAAAGGAAUCCCAGCAGUUACAAAAUAAACUACAGAAACUCAUUAGUCAUAGCAUUUACUGGAACUGCAUAACCUUCUCACAGCACCAAGUUAACAAUAGGACAAAAAGCAUGGACUUACUAAUAUUGUAUAAGUUUUUUUAAGUUUAAGAGCUUACGUAUUUUAAUGUUGUCUGGACUUAUUUUCAGCUUGUGUUUAAAUUAGAUUUUAUGUAUAUUUGACUAAUUUUGUAAAAUAAGAUUUGCUUAUUUAAAACAUAUAUGCAUAAAUAAAAAAUUUUAAUCCAGAAGAAAAAACUAGAAAUUUUAAGUAAUCUAUAUUUAAAAAGAUCAUAUUAAUCAUCAACUUUUGAAAUAGAAUAAAAAGCUUAUAAUUGUGUUGACCAAUCUAUUUUGAUCCCGUCAAAAUUCAUUCGAUAAAUAUAAUUUAAAAUAAAACUAAACAAUGCUAGAUGGAAAUGACUUACAUAACGAAAAAAUGAGAUUUGUUCAUGUGAGACUAAAAAUUGAAAAUUGAAAAUGGUUUUUAGCUUAAAUUUUAAAACUGAGAAUUAUUUUGUCAAAAAAAAUUCUUUUAUAAAUAUGAAUAAACAUUCUCAACUAAACACACAUACACUCACAACACCAUAUACAACACCAUAUAAGAUCAAACCAAAAAUAUAAGCUCAUCGUACAAACAAAAUGGUUAGUUUGUAAAAGUUAUCCCCAUAUUUUUCCAAUACAUCAUCACCUUCUCUCCAACAACUCCAACAAGCAAACUAUUAUUAUUUGCCGACCCAAAUACACUUUGUGUUCUCAUAUGUAAAAACGCAGCAUCCUGACAAUUAACGAUCCUAUGUACAAAAAUACAAAUCCCUGAACAAUAACAAUACAAAGAUGUAACAUAAAUUCAGAAAAGGUAACAGUCAGCGGAAUCGAUAUAUUUAGAAUAAUAUGUAUAUUUGUUGUUUCAGGACCAAUUUUAUGUUUGCAUGUUACUUUGUUUUGGUUAAUAUACAACAAAACUACGAAAUUGCAAACAUAUAUCUAAUCUCGCUUGACUCGUGUUGACAAGGCCAAGCAAUUAAAAUGAUAUAAGUCUUCUUUCAUAUUUUCUACUGUAUAUGGCUACUAAUCUCAAAAAGUUCAACAAUCAGGACAUACUCGCAGGCUCACCCAUUCCGAUUAGUAUGUUAAUUCAUAAUGCUUCUCAAAUUUGAACGGUACGCUUUCUAAACAUAAAUGAGUACACUAACUAUUAACAAAUUAAGGUAACCAGAUUUAUCGUGAACCAUAUUUUUGUAAACUUAAUUAAUCUCACAAUCUCUUGAACUCACUCACACCAGAAUAAAUAACUUCGUCUUUUGGUCCAACAACAAUCAACUUAUCUUGAACAAAAAUUUCAAAAACUAAAAACAUUCACACAGUCAAUACACCAAAUACAAACCCAACAAACAAACAAACAAAAAACCUUACAAACCCAAAAACAUCUAUCAUGCAUCUGUCAGACUUUGUUAUAUGUUCAUGGUUUUAUGUAACUUCUGGUUCUUCCUGUUUGUUGUUUGCUUCGAACCAAGUAUGGCAUUCUGUCUCUGCAUGUUAGACAGUUUACUAUGGGUCCCUGUGAAUAAUUUAUCAUUUUUUGCUUCCAAAUGUACCACAUAAUCUAAGGAUAUGGGUCUUUUUCCAGGGUAGGAUCUUCUAUAUCGUUCUUCCUCCAAAAAAGAUAUUCUAUGUUCGUGUAGUGGCUUGCGUUGGGGAAUAUCGAUGGUGGAGUUGGGGUCGCUGCAUGUGCCUAUGCUUUUAAAGCUGAGGGACACUCAAAGAUGGCAUGGUUUAUAGUUUUGUCCUCUGCUCCGCAUCUAGGAAAAUGGUUGUCACACCGCACAUGUGCUAGGUUUCUUGUUACUGCUAAUUUCCUAGAGAUUGUUUGCCAGAUAAAAUGUUUAACUUUAGUGGAGCUUGUAUCUUCCUAGCAAAGGCUUGGCGUUUUGUAAUACUCUGCUCUACUUGGGUGUCCACCAUAUCCCUGUUGAGAUUGUUCCUGGCUACCCAGGAUACUAACUUAACAAUGUACAUCCAAUCCAUAGUAUAGCUCUAACAAUAUUUGUCUCGCUGAUAUCCUUGACUUAUGGCCAAAGAUUGAAUCAGGGGCAUAUCUUCUGGAUUGACAUAGUUUUCAAGAAUCUCCAAGUUUCAUCUUUUUGGAUUCCCUAUCAUUAGAUCACAAACUGCCAUCAUCGGUUGAACCAUUGGUGCUAUUGGUCUAGCUAAUCUUGCUGAUAUCGUUGGUAUCCAACAGUGUUCCCAAACUCUAAUCUCCUUCUCGGAGUGUACCUUUUUCUGAUCCCCAACAGAUUUAGUGGUUUUACCGCCAUAAUACUCGUCCAUCCAUAAGAUGGCUUAUCUGCCUUGUUUAGCUGCAAGGGCAGACUACAUCUGAAGUAGUUUCCCCUUAGAACCCUAGCUACUAAAGAAUCUCUCUUGGUUUGCAUAGUUUUUCCCCAUUUUACCCAAUGUAUACCUCUUUUAGGGAGGUUUGAACUCCACCAGAUCUGUGCAAUGGCACUAGCUAAUUUUCACUUGUCUCUAAUGGUAGUAGUAGUAGAGUCGACAUUAUGUAGGUAGGUAGAGCCAAUAGGAUAGACUUUAUGAGUACUUCCUUUCCUUCCUUUGUUAGCCAUCGGCCCGUCCAGCCAUUUACCCGAUUUUGCAGCCGAUCCUUCAGGAAAGCAAACAACUUCCUUUUUGAGCCACUAAUGUCCUCAAAGAUACCAAGAUAAGUUCCCAUCCCUCCCUCUUUUAUAAUUCUCGUUGAGCUUUUGAUAGCCUCCUUCACAUUUCCAGUUAUCUUCUUACCAAAAAGCAAGGAUGAUUUUUCAAAAUUAAUACACUGUCUAGAAGCAUUUCCAAAAGUCUUAAGAACUUUCACGACUUCAUCAGCGAAGAGAAAGUGUGAUACCAGAGGGCUAGCGCAUGAAACACGCAUCCCGUUAUCUUACCUUGAUUCUCUACGUCAUUGAGAAGGCUAACGAGCGCUUCCGUGCAUAAGAUAAAGAUGAAAAUUGACAAAGGAUCUCAUUGACGCAAUCCCCCACUUUGGGGUUAUAUUUCCUCUAGGCUGGUCAUUGAACAGAAAAUGAUAUUUCACGGAUGUUAUGCACCACAUUAUCCACUUAAUCUAUAAGCCUGAAAAUCCCAUUUUAUUCAUAACUGUAGUGAUAAAAUCACAUUCUAGCCGAUCAUAGGCUUUAUAUAUCUCUGUCUUUAUUGGCAUCCUCAUAUUUCUUACUCCUGUAUCUGUACAAAGAGAAUGGAACAUCUCAUGUGCUAUUAGUACAUUAUCAGAUAUUUGUCGUCCAGAAACAAAGGCAUGUGGAUUCUUUAAUCGCUAGUAUAAGACUUUAGAUAUUAUCUUUAAAAAAAAUGUUUGCCUCCUAAAAUAUAGUUUAUACCAUUUUUCAUUUUUAUUUUGCAGAAUCAAAGUAUUUAUUUAUAGUCCCUUUGUCAACUUAUAAAUAUUCAUGGGUUAACCUAGUCUAAUUGAUUUUAGAGGGCUAUGGACACGUCCAAUUGAUAAAUAGUUCCAUUGGACACAAGAUCAAUAGGUCUAUGAUUUAACUGGGCAAAAAUCAAAUCAACAAUAAAUAGAAAUAUAUUUGUAUGAGUAUAUGGCCAUAUAAAAUCUGCAUUGAAUUUAUUUUAAGAUGUACUUUUUUAAUGACAAUGAAAGACUAUUAUAUUACUCAAAUAUUUCGAGAUGUACAUUAAAAAUACUUAAACUACAAUAUACAUACUUUUGUGGUAUGUUAUUUCAUAAAUUUUUACGAGCAUAAACCUAACUUAAUUCAUCAAAAAAUAUUUUAUUAAUAACUGCAUAAGUAAAAUAUAUCUGUAUGAGUAUAUAUAUGGAGCCAUAUAAUCUGGAUUUAGUUGAUGUCAAACCAAAUUUUUAUUUAGUUCAUUUUAAGAUGUAUAUAUAGUUAAAAAAUUUGAAAUACAACACAUACAUUUGUAGUAUGUUUUUUCACAAAUUUAUAAGAGCAUGAACCUUAAUAUAAAUUUUACUAAAAAUUAAGUAAAAAGAAAUAUAUCUGUAUAAAUUUAUGGCACUAGAAUCUGGAUUUGAGGAAAUAUUUAAUUUAUGAUUUCUUUAUUUUUUUGAACAAAAAAAUAUCAAUAAAUAAUUUAAUAUCAUCCUUCUAUUUUGAAUUUUAACGCUUCUUCAUAACUUUUUCUUAUGAAAUUUCACUUCUAAAUAACUUUAUGAGUUGUACUUUUAAGAUUGGUCUAGAUUCAGCCAAAAAAAAGUAAAUAUUAUGUGAUUCAUGUACUGUUUUGGUUUAUAAGUAUCAUUUUCAUGUUUUUUUCUCAUAUCCAUUGCAAGUUGUUUCCACAAUAUGGCAUUAUUUUGCUAAAUAAGGUUACCGUCCUAUCUACAUAUGAAAAAGAAGAUUUGACACGUGUCUAUAAUUUCAGUGCAUUUUCCGUAAUUAAUACAGAAUGCAAGGGUAAUUCCAUGAUGCAACACCUAUAAAUGAACAGGAAACAAGAAUAACUAAAAUCCCAGAAAGCAUAGUUCUUAAAAUUAAAAAACAAAGAGAAUAAAAGAAGAGAGAUGGGUUUGGUUACAGAUGAAGUGAGAGCUAGGGCAGAUAUAUACACAGGAGAUGAGUUAUGCCGCCAGAAGACGAAGGAGGUCCUCAAGGAAAUUGAUAUGCCUAAUGGGUUAUUGCCAUUGAAGGACAUAGAAGAGGUUGGUUAUGACAGAGAAACAGGUGUUGUGUGGCUGAAGCAGAAGAAGAGCAUCACACACAAGUUUGAAGCCAUUGGGAAACUUGUCUCUUACGGCACUGAGGUCACCGCCAUGGUGGAAGUCGGAAAGAUCAAGAACCUGACCGGUGUUAAGGCCAAGGAGGUUUUUAUUUGGGUCACUCUCAAUGAGCUUGCCUUGGAGCAGCCAACAAGUUCUGGGAAGAUCAAUUUCAGGACACUGACCGGUCUGUCCAGGACUUUCCCGGUUUCGGCUUUUGUGGUUCCUGAGGUUGUGUAGCCGGCAAUGGAAAAGAAUUGAGGCUAAAGAAGUUGGUGCAAUCAGAAGUGCUUAUUUACUUAAAUCUCGCUCUCUUUUUAAUUAUCUUAAUCAUGUAAUAUAUUCUGUUUCGUCUGCUUGAAUUUCUUAAUUAAUAAGAUUUUAAAGAUUCCAUGUUCCA